AAGGAACAUAUUUGCUGGUGUAGUUUUCAGAAUGUCCAGUACUGCGUCCUAUUGGAUCUUAAAUUCGGCAAAGAACAGCAUUGCCACAUUACAAGGGAGCAGGCGUUUAUAUUCAAGAUGUGUCUCAAGUAGGAAUAAGUCGAAAUGGAGGCUCACUUCCCAGGCACUGGCCACCUUGAAAAAUAGUUUCCCCUAUGGCAGUUUGGCUCUGCAAAAAGCUUACAGACACACGUCUACCGAAGAAGACGAUUUUCACUUGCAGCUAAGUCCUGUGCAAGUGAAUGAAGUGCUGCGAGCUGGUGAGUCAGCCCACAAGACACUUGACCUUGACAGCAGAGUCCCAAAUUCAGUGUUGCGCUUUGAGAGCAACCAACUGGCCGCUAACUCCCCAGUGGAGGACCGGCGAGGGGUAGCCUCCUGUUUGCAGACCAGCGGGCUGAUGUUUGGCGUCUUUGAUGGGCAUGGUGGCCACGCGUGUGCGCAGGCAGUCAGUGAGAGGCUCUUCUAUUACGUGGCAGUGUCACUGAUGUCCCACCAAACCCUGGAGCAGAUGGAGGGAGCGAUGGAAAGCAUGAAGCCCAUGCUGCCCAUCCUUCAGUGGCACAAGCACCCAGGGGCCAGUAUCUACAAGGACGUCACUUCAGUUCACCUCGACCACCUCCGCGUCUACUGGCAGGAGCUGCUUGACCUGCACAUGGAAAUGGGCCUGAGCAUCAAGGAAGCGUUGGCAUACUCCUUCCAGAGACUGGAUUCUGACAUCUCACUGGAAAUCCAGGCCCCCCUGGAAGACGAGGUGACGCGGAAUCUUUCGCUCCAGGUUGCUUUCUCUGGGGCAACAGCUUGCAUGGCCCACGUCGAUGGAGUCCACUUGCAUGUGGCCAAUGCUGGUGACUGCCGGGCCAUCCUUGGUGUCCAGGAGGAUGAUGGCAUGUGGUCCUGUCUUCCCCUUACCUCUGACCACAAUGUCUGGAACCAGGCUGAGUUGUCACGGUUAAAGCGGGAGCAUCCUGAGUCAGAGGAUAGGACGGUUGUCAUAGAUGACAGGCUGCUGGGGGUCCUUAUGCCCUGCAGGGCCUUUGGGGAUGUCCAGCUCAAGUGGAGUAAAGAGCUGCAGCGCAGUGUCCUGGAGCGGGGCUUCGAUACCGAGGCCCUCAACAUCUACCAAUUCACACCACCCCACUACUACACUCCACCCUACCUGACUGCGGAGCCUGAGGUUACAUACCACAGGCUCAGGCCCCAGGAUAAGUUCCUUGUGCUGGCUUCUGAUGGUCUGUGGGACUUGCUGGACAAUGAAACUGUGGUGAGGUUGGUGGUAGGGCACCUGGCCGAGGCAGGUCGGCACAAGCCCGACUUGGCCCAGAGACCCACCAACCUGGGCCUCAUGCAGAGCCUGCUGCUGCAGAGGAAAGCUAAGGGGCUCCAUGCUGCCGACCAGAAUGCAGCCACACAUCUGAUCAGACACGCCAUCGGGAGCAACGAGUAUGGGGAGAUGGAGCCCGAGCGACUGGCAGCGAUGUUGACGUUGCCAGAGGAUUUAGCGAGGAUGUACAGAGAUGAUAUCACUGUCACUGUGGUGUACUUUAACUCGGACUCAAUUGAUGCAUACUACAAGGGAGGUUAA